AUGAUGUUUGGGUUCCGAACACCGACUGCAGCUUUGCUGGUCCUACUCGCCACUGCUGCCAACUCUCUGCCAUCACCAAGCGACUGCACGGUUACUCACACCGUCCUCUUUGGGUACAAGGCCAGCCUAGACCCUCAGAUUAUCAAAGCGUCCGUCGCACAAUUUUUGGCCCUUAAAGAGGGCUGUGUGAAUCCCGAAACCGGCAAACCGUAUAUUAUUUCGCUGAAGGGCGGUCAAGACAACUCUCCUGAGAUGUCAGAGGACGGCGCUACACACGGGUUCGUCGUAGAGCUGCCCUCACCCGAAGCUCGUGAUUAUUACGUCUUCCAGGAUCCUGCCCAUCAGCAGUUCAAGGCGGAUGUCAAGAAUCUCAUUGACAAAUCUAUCAUUGUUGACUUUAUCGAUGGUGUAUACUAA